ACUUCCCAUGAUGCAGUUCGAGGUAGGAGUCGUCCCGCACACGUGCUGCCGCUGGAUAGCAAGCAUGAAGUGAAGUGUUAUUAAUUCCUGGGUGGAUUUUGCGGCUGUAUUUUCUGCCUGCCUGUUUUCCCACCAUGGAGUCGGAGCAGGACGCCGCGCUGCUGGUUUUAAUCCAGCAACACCUGCAGGUGAGCGGCUACCGAGAGGCCGCCGAGCUGCUGGAGCCACACGUCACUCAGGUGGAGAUGCCAAUGGAGAACUUAAACCUUCAUGACAUCUACACUGGAUGGAUGAAGCUUUGCUCUCUGGCUCAGCGCGCCAACCAGCCAGGAAUCGGCUUGAAGACGGGAAUCACGAAGCAAGACGAGGCUGCAGGCGUCGAACUCAACGGAGGAGAGAAGAUUUCAGACGACAGAACUCUGACUGAGUGUAAGAUGGAGGUCGCCGCGCCGUCCACUGCAGAGACGAAACCGGAGGACGAUUCUGAACGCCGGGACGCCGCUGAUGAAACCCAGACUGGGAAAUCAAACGGCACCGAACAGGAAGAGGAGGAGGAAGAGGAGGAAGUGGAGGAAGAGGAAGAGGAAGACGAGGAGGAGCACGCAGCUGCAGAGAGACCCGUUCAGGCCGAGUCCGUCUCCGUUGACGACGCCCCCGGAGAGGCUCCGCCCCCUCCAGAUGCAGAUUUGAAAAAUCCACUGGAGAUGAAAACUGAGUGGACCGAAGACGAAGAGUCUCGGUCAGAGUCGAAGCCAGAAGACGAGCUGAAGGCGGCUACAGAGGACCAAAACGGUGCUGAUCCACCAGCUAAAGAAGAAGCUGCAGAAGAUGAAGACGACUGCAUUAUUAUCAAAAUCCAGAAGGGCGGCGACAAAUCAGCCAAUCAGGAACCAGUAGUAAUCUGUGGCGACUCCAUCACUCCCAAGAAGAAGAAGAAGAAGAAGAAGUCCAAAAAAAGUUCUGAUGAGACAUUUCAGGUGGAGAUCGCAGAAACACAGACGACUGACAGAGAUGCGCUGACCAGCCGGACAAAAAAGAAGAAAAAGAAGAGUAGAAAGAAUAGAGAAGAGGAGGAUAAAACGGAGGCGGAGGAAGAGUCUGAAGUUGUUUCACCAAAGAAGGAAGAAAAGAAGAGGAAAAGAGAGAGAAAAGAGAUGGAGCAAAAACAAGAGGAGGUUGUGUUUCCUUUAGAAAACACAGGAAAAAAGAAGAAAAAACUGAUAGAUGAGGCUAAGAUGAAAGGAAUGGAUGAAGGGAAUCUGUCAGAACAGAAGAAGAGAAAAAGGGAGGAGCUGCAGUUUAAAGAUGCACCAACAGAGGGCGAGAAAGAGGAGAUGAACGCCACAACUGACUCGUCUCUGCUCUCGUCUGGAAAGAAGAAAAGGAGAUUUCAGAGGAGGAUGCUGAGCAAGAAGAGGAGGUUACAGCUUUGCAAGAAAGUGAUGAGGAUGACGCAGAACGCCCAGAGUACCAACCGGAUCGUCGCAGCAAGGAAAAGACAAAAGCAAAAACAAAGUGUGAAGUCGCUAAAGACGCAAAUAAACGCAGAACAAGAAGAAAAUUCAUCGAAGGAAAACCAGCUUCUGUGGAAGAAGAAGAAGAAGAAAUCAGUCAAGAACAUCCUGGAGGCUCCUGAGGACCAAUCCACAAUCUCUAAAGAACCUAAGAAGAAGAAAGUAAAGACGGGAGAAAUCUCACCUCCUGCUGCUGUGACCCAACUUCCACCUGCAAAGAAGAAGAAGAAGGAAACGUUGAAGAUGAAACCAGAAGCUGCUCCGGAGAAAAAAAAAAAUCCCACAAAAAGCAGAAAAACUGAAUAAUCUUGGAUUUUCUCCUCACACACCAACAGAUGCAUCUUUGGACCUGAAAACUCAAGAUGUGCCUUUUUUCAUCCUUGGUUACUCUGAUUUCUGGAGUUGUUCUCAGACAAACUGGUGAUGGGUUUAAUAUCGCUGGUGGGGAUUCAAAGAGCUAAAAAUAACCCAAAACGUUUGUGUAUUUCAGCAAUAAAACUACAGUGUAGCAGUUUAACGAGCCUUAGAAACAAUUACAAGAAAGCUUUAAAUUAUGGUGAGUAGCUUUGGAUAUUUUUCACUUACUUUUAACAAGUUAAGAGAUAAUUUACCUUCAUCUUUUUUAAGAAGAUGAUACUAAUGUUGAAAAGGUAAUUGGAUCAUAUUUGGAUAAUAAAACAUGGCAGUAAAAGUAAAACAUGAAGCAGGUUUUAUAUUAUUUAGUAUUAAUGUUUGAGUUAAAAUUAUCUUUAAGGGAUCAAACUGUGAAACGGUUUAAGUUUUGAUGUGUGUUGUUCAGGGUGUUUAGUCUAAAGCUGUGAAUUUCUGUUUCAUUUUUCUGUUACUGGGGACUUUUUCCUUUGUUACAUAGAGUUUAUAGUUAAUAAACAGAGUACAUUAGUAAUCCACUACAUUUCAGUUUUACUGAGAUAAAACUUGUGAACAAUAGUUGCCACAAUAAAUAGAUAUAUUUAUAUAAUAUUGACAGUUCAGGUUCUAGAUGUUCAUAAUGCUUCUGUAAAAUGUUUUUAAAUUAGCAAAGUAUAAACACUUUCCCUAAAGACAGUGGAAUGUGUUUACGUUUCCCAAAAGCUUUAAUUCCUGAAGUAAAACCAUGUUGACAAUUUGAUCAUUCAGAUUAUUGCCAGAGUAUAUUUACAUUUUCCAAAUCGUUCAUAUGACUGGAGAUCAGACCAGUGACUGUUACAUGGACGUCUGACACUCCUGUAAUUAUUUCUUCUGUUGUUUCACCUAUUAAAGUGUUUUUUUCUUUAAAACUGA